AUGCCACCACCUCAACAUCCUCCAAAUUAUUACGCUCCUAGAAGAUCGAUUUCCACUAUAACUGGCCCAAAUCGUAGAGAUGUAGAUGCUUUUUAUCAAAAUAAUUUUCCAGAAAAGAACGGAGGUUCCAGCGGAGAGCAUGUUCCAGAAUAUCAAGCAUCAGGGCAACAACACAGACCUUCAAUUAUGUCAGGGCAGUCACAUCAGAACAAUCAUUUACCUACAAAAAACUAUUCUUACGAACCUCUCCGAUUUUCACCACCCAACGUGACACCUCCACCACUUCAGUUUUCUACAAAUACCGAUGGAAAUCGAAAAAAUCAACGUGUUAGAUUCAACGAGCUUCCUAACUAUUCAACUCCAAAUCAUUAUUCAGUUCCGCCUAGAAAGUGCUCAUUGGCUCCAAAUUUCUUCUCAUCGCAAAACUCUCAUCAUAUGUAUCCCGAUCAAUAUACUCCUCGUACGUGGCAAAACAAUGAGUUUAUGCCAAAUCAUCAGGUCCAUCCGUAUCAUGCUAAUCACCAACAGCAACACCCUCAACAACAUUGGAGAAAUCAAGCGGCUUCAAAUGGUAAUCACAAUCCAAUGUAUAUGAGAAAACAUUCGGCCGGGCAUGGAAUAGAGAUCAAACUAGAUCAUGUUGAUAAUCCAUUUGGCAAUCCAUCUCACGACAUGAUGGAUGUGACAAGUGGCCAACCUGUCAAAUCAGAGAUGCUAUCGCCAAUUAAGAUGGAAACAACAGAUCCAUCACAACAAAUAGCAUCUCCAUCAUUUCUUAUGACAUCUACAUCACUUUUGAAACAACAUUUACAUAAGAAAUCACAUCACAAUGUUCCAUCAAGAAAAGCUUCAAUAAUGGCACUAAAAAGUCAACUACGUACUCCACGUGGGACACCACUCAAUAUCUCCACUGUGCCGGGCACCGAGCUGCCAUACACACCCCCACCAAUUCUGGCUCCAAUGCGUAACGGAUCUGGACUUUUUUGCCAGAUCGUAAAAUCAGCAAAUUCAUCAUUGCCAGUUGCUGAGCAGUCACCAGAUGCUCCAAGUUGUAGUACAAACGGUGUUGAUGGUGAUAUGAAACAUCUGAUGAAUGGAAAGAAAAGAAGCGAAGAUGGUGAUGGUCCGUCUCGAAAAAAUGGAUUUUUCUACAUGGCUCAACAGAUGAAUCAGACAAAUUUUGCUAAUGAGCUUGAGGCAUUGAGGAAAGAAUCAUGGGCAUCAACAUCGUCAGCCGAUGAAAAAAUGCAAACAGAAAGAAAAGAAUCAUUGGAGUCAAUCAGAAAAGCAUCGUGCAUGUCUGAUAGCUACUAUGAAAUUGAAGAAGGACCUAAGAUUAGUGAUCCAAAUCCACAUAUCAAUCUUGGUAAAAACUAUCAAGCACGUGUCAAAAAGUGGUGUGAUAGGCAAGUAUCCACAAGUGAACGAGAUGCAAUUGAAGAUCGGGAUGAAAUUGUUUUCUCUUCUGAAAUUCUGCAAGACAUUGAUCCAGAACAAAUAACUGCAUUCGAGCUUCUCGCUUGCAGCCAAGCUUGCCCGAGAGCAGGAAGAAACAAGGAGUUGGCCCUUCACUUGCUCAUGGAAAACAAAGGAAAUAUUGAGGCAGCCGUUGAGGAUUUGUUGAGAAGUGACACUUUGGAUUGGGAACACUAUUCAAGUGUUUUUGGAUACAUGUACAAUGACUCGGUCCUUUGGACUCCAGAUGAAAUAUAUCAGUUCCAAGAUGCAAUUUAUCAAUCAGAAAAAGAUUUUGAUAAGGUUGCAGUGGAGCUCCCAGGAAAAUCUGUGAAAGAAUGCGUUCAGUUUUACUACACAUGGAAAAAAGAUUGUCCAGAUGAUUAUCGAAAACUCAGAAAUUUAAGAAGAAAACGGCAGUUGCUGGACAUCAAUUUGCAGAAAAAUCAAUCAGAAGAGCCGGUCGUUCCAGCAAAGAAAAUUUCAAUUAUCGAAUCUGGAGACUCUGAUAAUGAAUCAAAUGCAACUGAUUCUUCAUUCAUUGGAAAUGGUCACAUGGAGUUCCGUGAUCGUGCUUUCACAUCACCAAUGAUGUCCUCACCAAGAGAAGAGCCGAUUAUUGGACUGUCUCCAUCUUCGAAAGAUCUUUUUGGAAUUCAAAAAAAUUAUCAGCCAACUGCUCCGCGUGCUCAUCAUACACCUUCAGCAUCUGCUAGCAAGAAAGGUGCACAGCCAAGUGCUGAUGGAUUUUUCCAUUGCCGUCUCUGUGACAAAUGCUUUGAAAAAGUUAAAUCUCUGAAUGCUCACAUGAAGUCUCAUGCCAUGAAGGCUCGUGCAGAGCAAGAAGCAAAAGCUCACGAUGCUCAAGUUGCUGCAGCAGCCGCCGCUCAACUAACAAGUGCUGUAGGAAAUGUUGUUGGGAAUCCGGUGGCAACAUCUCCAUUGAAUUCAUUUGCAAAUGGCCAUCUGGGCAUUUCAAUUCCUUCAACAAUCGGCAAUUUGACUCCUCAGCAGUUGACACCCCAGCAAUUAAAUCUCAACCAACAAUUGCAAACUCAAUUGAACUCGUUGAGUAAUCAAAUGAGCUUGAACUCUCCACUCACUCCACAACAACAAUUGCAGCAGUUUACUCAACAACAUCUCAUGGCAAGAGCCAUGCAACAGAAUCUAUUCCAACCAGUGACCUCUACUCCACUCGUGCAACCGACGCAUCCAUUGAUCCAAGCGGGCCUUCAUUCCAUCAAUUAAUUAAUUAAUUUUAAUGGAAUUUUCUCCAUAUUAUUACUAUCACAAACCUUUUUUCCAUGUUUUUGAAGUUCAAUCUCUUCCGCUUUCCGGGUCUUUUUCCAUCUAGUUUUUGCCCUUUUCUUCGGUUGCAUAACAAUUUAUAGUUUUCCUCGCUCCUUCCCCCGUUUAGUUUUGUUCAGUAGUUGAUUUAUCCCAGUGUCCCGUUGUCCGUUUUUCCAUGUCUCUUUUUCAGUUCCUGUGUGUAUUUUCCGAAUGUGAACUGUGCCUGUUGUUAGGAUAACUAUUGAACCAUUACGCUUCAUACAUGGUUAUUCUCUAUUGUAAAUAUUUAUUGGUUCUGCAUAAAAAUCAAUAAUUGAUUAUU